AUGGCUUUUAAAGCCUUCACACAAACAGAUGUCUAUGUAAAGCAAGCAGCUCCUAAAGAAAAGGACAAAUCCAGCAUCCACUGCCUUGAGUGCUAUGACCGAAAUGUGUAUAUAGGGACCAAAGAUGCAACAGUCCAGCACCUCAUUCUUUCCAGUAGCACAAAUGGACACCUGGGUCCUGGCCAGAGCAAAACCAGAGAAGGUAGGACAAGAAAACUAGGCUCAAGCAACCCAGUGGCCCACCUGAGGGCAGUCCCACUUUUCAACCAUCUGCUGGUCCUGUGGGACCGGAGUGUUACUGCCCUUAACAUGUUCUCCUUAGAGCCUGUUUCAGGUCUGAAAAAGAUCCAGUAUGUUUCUUUGUUUGAGAUAUGCCAAUCACAACUCACAGCUCAGUCUGCAAGUGUGGAGAUGGUGACUUCCUCAAGCCGCAGGAAAUUGAUCCGGAUCCACGUGGUGGGAGUGGACAGGUGGGAGGUUGUGAAGGAAGUCCCUCUCUUCCAGGACCCUUUAGCCUUGGCUAUAGAUGGCACAACUCUAUGUGUAGCUACUACUGACAAGUAUCUCCUGUGUGAUAUAAAAACUGGGAGCAAUGAGGAGCUCUUUCCUCACAAUCACAGCAGGCAGCAUAUCAUUGUUACCUCGGUGGGACAAGGGGAAUUCCUUCUCAAUGGGCCUGAAUCUUUGGGCAUGUUUGUGAUGAAGAUCGGGAUAUGCCAGCGCCCUCCCCUGCAGUGGCCUCAGGAGGUGCUGGCAGCUGGAGUAUGUUUCCCUUACAUCCUAACCCUACAGCCCCAAGUGUUGUCUGUCUACAGCAUAUUAGAUCAGCAACACAAACAGACUGUGAGUCUCAGCGGAGCGAAAGGUCUGCUCUCCACAUCAGAUGGUGUGUUAGUAUUCACAGAAAGAGGCAUUUUCAGUCUGUGCCUGGUGCCGUUGGACGAGCAGAUCCAGACACUUGUAGGGCACGAGAGGUUUGAGGAGGCCUUAUUGCUGUUGGACGGAGUUCAAAGUCGUCAUCCACUUGAGUCAUAUCAGGAGCUGCAGAAGGCCAUAACUUGCCUGGCUGGAUUUGUUCAUUUUUACCAGGAGGGUUUUUCCGAGGCCAGGGAUCUAUUCAUUAAAGGUGAACUGGACCCCAGAGAAAUCAUCCGUCUCUACCCUAACAUGCAGUCAUGUGUCAGUGGGGACUUUCAAUCCCAACUUGAUCAAAUGAACAAGAGCAGAGAUCUCCAGGUGCUCUGGCAAGAGGACAGAAGCACAUUUUAUCAUUACCUGGCCUUCCUGGGAGAUUUUCUCAGAGCAGUCCGGGACAUGGAACAAGGCCUGAAGUGCAGUGAAGAGGUUGACUGCGCCCUCCUGAGGCUGUACACAGAACAGACAGACAGUGAAAAUCUGCAGCAGCUUGUGGCAUUUCCCAAUGCUUGCAGUCUGGACUACUGUGUUCCUGUUCUGGAGCAACACAACAGAUUUUUUGCAUUAGGCUCCCUCUAUCAAAGUCAUGGCAAGCAAAUCGAUGCAAUAAAGACAUGGGUAAAGAUUGCAGAAGGUUUCCAUCAAGACCCCUCCUGCUCUGAUAUCUAUGGACACAUAGUGUGGACUCUCAGUCAGCUGAAAGACAGAUCUGUUGUGUGGACAUUUGCGGACUGGACCCUGCACAGAAACCAAGAGAUGGGUGUCCAGAUUUUCACUAAGCGUCCACCAGGUGAUCAUUUUGUGACGCAAGAUGUCCUUGAUCUCUUGGAGAAGCAUCCCUUGGCACUGCUUCUGUAUCUUGAGUUCUUAAUUCAUGAUGUGAACAGUGAGGAGGAGAGACAUCACAGCCGUCUGGCCCUUGCAUAUGUUACUCAGACACUGCAAGAGGAAAAGGAAACAAAGACAGAUCUGCAGGCAACCAGAAGGAAGUUGCAGCAGCUGCUAUGGGACUCAAAAUUCUAUGACAUCUCGACUGUAUAUGAACGAGUCAAGCCAACAACCCUGUUCAUUGAGAAAGCCAUUCUUCUCGGCAAGACCGGUGAACACUCCCAGUCCCUGCAAGUGCUUGUUCACCAGGGGCGAGACCCCCAGGCUGCAGAGGCCUAUUGCUACAAAGCCGCCCAAGGCCAGGACACAAAGUUCAGGAAUACCCUACUGCUCACCCUGCUCAAAAUUUACCUGAGCUCUGAGGAUCUCACCAGCACAGCCGUGGACCUGAUCAAUAACAACCCUCAGGUCUUUGCUGCAGAGGAGGCCAUCCAUCUCCUGCCUGAGUCCUGGUCUGUUCAACUGGUCUCCCAGUUCCUGGUUGGAUCCCUCAGGGAAACCUUUCACCAGAGGCGGAUGAGGAGGCUGCAACAGGCUCUGGUCCAGGCGGAGCUCUUGAGGCACAAGGUCAUUUGGAUGCAGGCCUCAAAAACAAAGGUCAGAGCGAACAAGGGGCAGGUCUGCAAGGUGUGUAAGAGAGACCUGGUAGAGCCACAGUUUGCCUAUAACAUGUGUGGUGAGCUGAUGCAUACCACCUGCACUAAAUAUUUAUCAUCAUAGAGACUCUGAUAGACUGCUCUAUCUUCUGUUUAUGAGAAAAAUAUGAGUAUAUGUGUUUUCGCACCCAAGAGAAUCACAUUCAUUUCUAGCCAGAUAAGUGUCUGUUUCCUACCAGAUCAUUUUUCCAGAUUAGACUGUGUCAUCAAGGCAACGUCUCUACAAAGAUUCAAUUCAUGGACCUUGGACCAGACAUG